GAACUGGGAAGGUCCACUGUAGCAGCAGCUAUCUCGUCUCUCGUCUCUUUGUCGGGUGGUACAGUACAGCUCUGCUCCCCCCGCCGCCCGCCCGCCCCCUCGGCGCUGGUGUGUGCUCCGCUGCUCUGCUUACACAAUAACUGUGCAUCGAUUGAGUCCAGCGAGAAGAGGAAGCAGCAGGACUAACUCUCGUUCGAAAAAAGGAUUACGUAUUGAAGGCAAACGUGUGUGAUCAGUAUUUGUUGUCUCGUUCCAACGCGAAUCGGUUCUAGUGCUGAAAACAAGUUCAAUACUGCUAACGGGGUAGUUUUUCUGCGAAAGCCCCCAAAACAGAAUUCGCAACGCCAAGCGCAAAAAUUGUGUAAUAGCACCCAAACGUGUAAAAGUCAAGACGCAAGAUGCCGGCCAAAGUUAAUAAAAAGGAGAAUUUAGAUGAUCUCAAACAGGAGUUGGAUAUCGACUUUCAUAAAAUCUCUCCUGAGGAAUUGUAUCAGCGCUUUCAGACACAUCCCGAGAAUGGUCUAAGUCACGCCAAGGCCAAGGAGAACUUGGAGCGCGAUGGUCCCAAUGCGCUGACGCCACCCAAGCAGACACCCGAAUGGGUGAAGUUCUGUAAGAACCUGUUCGGUGGCUUCGCCAUGUUGCUGUGGAUCGGUGCUAUUCUCUGCUUCGUGGCCUAUUCUAUCCAGGCCAGCACCAGCGAGGAGCCGGCCGACGAUAAUUUGUAUCUGGGUAUUGUACUUUCCGCUGUCGUCAUUGUGACGGGCAUUUUCUCAUACUAUCAGGAAUCGAAAAGUUCUAAGAUCAUGGAAUCGUUCAAGAACAUGGUACCCCAGUUCGCCACCGUCAUCCGCGAGGGCGAGAAACUCACGCUGCGCGCUGAGGAUCUCGUCCUGGGCGAUGUCGUUGAGGUGAAGUUCGGCGACCGUAUCCCCGCUGACAUCCGCAUCAUCGAGGCACGCACCUUUAAGGUGGACAACUCCUCGCUGACCGGCGAGUCCGAGCCGCAGUCGCGCGGCGCAGAGUUCACCCACGAGAACCCGCUGGAGACCAAGAAUCUGGCCUUUUUCUCCACCAAUGCCGUCGAGGGCACUGCCAAGGGCGUGGUCAUCAGCUGCGGCGACCACACCGUCAUGGGCCGCAUCGCUGGCCUCGCCUCCGGCCUGGACACCGGCGAGACGCCCAUCGCCAAGGAGAUCCACCAUUUCAUCCACCUGAUCACCGGCGUGGCCGUGUUCCUGGGCGUCACCUUCUUCGUGAUCGCCUUCAUCCUGGGCUACCACUGGCUGGACGCCGUCAUCUUCUUGAUCGGCAUCAUCGUCGCCAACGUGCCCGAGGGCCUGCUGGCCACCGUCACCGUGUGCCUGACCCUCACCGCCAAGCGUAUGGCCUCCAAGAACUGCCUGGUCAAGAAUCUGGAGGCCGUGGAGACCCUCGGCUCCACAUCGACCAUCUGCUCCGACAAGACCGGCACCCUCACCCAGAACCGAAUGACGGUCGCUCACAUGUGGUUCGACAAUCAGAUCAUCGAGGCCGACACCACCGAGGAUCAGUCGGGUGUUCAAUACGAUAGAACCAGCCCUGGAUUCAAGGCGCUCUCUCGCAUUGCCACUCUCUGUAACCGUGCCGAGUUCAAGGGAGGCCAAGACGGCGUCCCCAUCCUCAAGAAGGAGGUUAGCGGCGAUGCCUCCGAGGCCGCUCUGCUCAAGUGCAUGGAACUGGCCCUGGGCGACGUGAUGAACAUUCGCAAGCGCAACAAGAAGAUCGCCGAGGUGCCGUUCAACUCCACCAACAAGUACCAGGUGUCCAUCCACGAGACCGAGGACACCAACGAUCCGCGCUUCCUACUCGUCAUGAAGGGCGCACCCGAGCGCAUUCUGGAACGCUGCUCGACCAUCUUCAUCAACGGCAAGGAGAAGGUGCUGGAUGAGGAGAUGAAGGAGGCGUUCAACAACGCCUACAUGGAACUCGGUGGACUGGGUGAGCGUGUGCUCGGCUUCUGUGACUUUAUGCUGCCCUCCGACAAGUAUCCCUCCGGCUUCAAGUUCAACACCGACGACAUCAACUUCCCCAUCGACAACCUGCGCUUCGUCGGCCUCAUGUCCAUGAUUGAUCCCCCGCGUGCCGCUGUGCCCGAUGCCGUGGCCAAGUGCCGUUCGGCCGGCAUCAAGGUCAUCAUGGUUACCGGCGAUCACCCGAUCACUGCCAAGGCCAUCGCCAAGUCCGUCGGCAUCAUCUCCGAGGGCAACGAGACCGUCGAGGACAUUGCCCAGCGCCUGAACAUCCCCAUCUCGGAGGUUAAUCCCCGCGAGGCCAAGGCCGCCGUCGUCCACGGCGCCGAGCUGCGCGACGUCUCCAGCGAUCAGCUGGACGAGAUCCUGCGCUACCACACCGAGAUCGUCUUCGCCCGUACCUCCCCGCAGCAGAAGCUGAUCAUCGUCGAGGGCUGCCAGCGCAUGGGUGCCAUUGUGGCCGUGACUGGCGAUGGUGUCAACGACUCCCCGGCUCUGAAGAAGGCCGACAUCGGCGUUGCCAUGGGUAUCGCCGGUUCCGAUGUGUCCAAACAGGCUGCUGACAUGAUUCUGCUGGACGACAACUUCGCCUCGAUUGUGACCGGUGUGGAGGAGGGUCGCCUGAUCUUCGAUAACCUGAAGAAGUCCAUUGCCUACACCCUGACCUCCAACAUUCCCGAAAUCUCGCCCUUCCUGGCCUUCAUCCUCUGCGACAUACCACUGCCACUGGGAACCGUGACGAUUCUGUGCAUCGAUUUGGGCACUGACAUGGUGCCAGCCAUUUCAUUGGCCUACGAACACGCCGAAGCCGAUAUUAUGAAGCGUCCGCCACGUGACCCCUUCAACGAUAAAUUAGUGAACUCAAGGUUGAUUUCCAUGGCCUACGGACAGAUCGGUAUGAUCCAGGCCGCCGCUGGCUUCUUUGUGUACUUUGUCAUCAUGGCUGAGAACGGCUUCUUGCCCAAGAAACUCUUCGGCAUCCGUAAGAUGUGGGACUCGAAGGCUGUCAACGAUCUAACUGACUCCUACGGACAAGAAUGGACCUACCGCGACCGCAAGACCUUGGAGUACACCUGCCACACGGCCUUCUUCAUCUCGAUUGUGGUUGUGCAAUGGGCCGAUCUGAUCAUCUGUAAGACGCGCCGUAACUCCAUCUUCCAGCAGGGCAUGCGCAACUGGGCUUUGAACUUCGGCCUUGUCUUUGAAACCGUGCUGGCCGCGUUCCUCUCGUACUGCCCGGGCAUGGAGAAGGGUCUGCGCAUGUACCCCCUGAAACUCGUCUGGUGGUUCCCGGCUAUUCCAUUUGCGCUGGCCAUCUUCAUCUAUGACGAGACCCGUCGCUUCUACUUGCGCCGCAACCCCGGUGGAUGGUUGGAGCAGGAGACAUACUAUUAAACACCCACACUGCUACACUCCCCAACACACACACACACAGAGCCACACACACGCCCACACAGCCCACAAACAACACCUACAAACCAUGGAGAGCAACAAAUAGUAAUGUUUAUGAACCACAAAAUCCACACAACCACAGUAAUAGCAACAGCAAAAGCAGCAGCAGCAGCAACGGCAACAACAACAGCUACGGCUACAGAUAGCUACAGCAAGAACAUAUUACAAUAUAUUUUAUUUUUUUAAUUUAAUUAUUUAAAGUAAACGAGGAGAAACAAAAAUGCAAGCGAUAAUUAUUUUAAACGUUAAGUAAAUUUAAAUUAUAAAUUAAACCUAAAAAUAAGAUUUAAAUAAAGUAUAAAUGAAAACAAAACAAAACAAAAACGAACAAUUUCGAAGAAACACCAAUCACAACCAGACAAGAACAACCAGUAACUAAGCAAAACAGUAACAACAACAAAAACAACAACAAUGUUUUUAGUAAAAUUAUUAACGUAACGAACUGGAUGAAACGAUUAUUUAAGCAGAGGCUUUUUCAAGCAAUAACAACAACAAGAUCCCAAAAGAAAAGCUUAAUGCAUUCACACACACUCACACUCGCACAGACACACACUCUCUCACACCACACACACACACACCGAUACACAACGCAUGACGAGACAAAGUAUAUAAGAAGUUUAGAGAAAUUAUAAAACGAAGUAAAUAAAAAAGUAAAAGAGGAAAACAAAACAAUGAAAAACCUUAGCGUAGUUACCAAAUAAGCCGUGAAGAGUAAAACCCAAUAAAACCACAACAACAACAACCAAAAACCAAAAAGAACAGAAAUUAAUUUGCAAAACUUGUGUGUGUAAAACGCAGCUUAGCGCAGAAGAACGAAAUAUAUAUAUAAACAGAAAAAAAAAACCACAAGAGAAAAAGUGAAGCGACACGAGGAAUAUAAUUGUUUAUAUAUAUACACACAUAUAUUAUAUGGAAAAAUUUGAUUAUAUAAAUGGAGCUAUACAAUACACCAAAAACAAAAUUGAAAACAUAACGAAAUCGACCGAUCUGCGCUUGAUAAUUACGCCAGGAACCGGAAAUGGGUCUCUAAUCGAUAUUUGGAGAUCCGCCGGCGAUUUGCGGAGAAUCUGCAGAGAUAAAUUUGUUAAAAUCUAAAAAAAACCAACUAAAUGUUUAUAAAUAAACCCCUUAAACCAAUUGACAUGCAA